GAAAGCACUUUAUUGUACUCUUACCUUACCGACAUCAAUAGUAAUUGCAUUUGGGAAUUCUAGUCCUUCUAUCGUUAUCUCCAGAUUUGUUAAGUGGCCGUUAUUUAUACCUCUAGACGGAAUAAUUAUUGACAUCUUAGCGGAAUGGAAGAAAUUAGUGGAAGAGAUUUAGUUUUGGCUAUUUCUUGCGUAUUUCAACAGAUGGAAAACAAGUCGAGGUGUUUCCUUGUACAGCAACCUGUUACCAUUUUCUCUUGCCAAGAAAUUCCAGUUAUCCCUCUUCGUGAAUAUCUAGAGAGAAUCUAUUUCUACACGCACUGUAGUUACGCUUCAAUGAUUCUCUCCAUGAUUUACGUGGAUCGGUUUCUGCAUAGCACGGGAAUGAGCAUAACCUCGUUGAACGUUCACAAGCUGCUUCUCACGGCUAUCAUGCUGGCUUCGAAGUUCAACGACGAUGCAUAUUGCAGCAACUCCUUCUUCGCAGAAGUCGGUUGCGUGACUCUCGAUGAGCUCAACCAGAUGGAGCAGACCUUUCUGCGCUGCAUCUGCUUCUCUCUAUUCGUCUCCGAAAGCCUGUUUAUCCUCUAUUCAUCUAGCUUGCAUCAGCGUGUUUGUACAGCGAGCUGUUCGUUGUGUAGUGUCUCCGUUCUCUCUCCUAUCUAG